CUCUUCCUGUUGGGAGAGAAAAGUUUUGAAACCCCACCCUCUUCACUGACUGUAAGCACAGACGUAGAAGUGGUUCGAGGUCCUGACGAGUGAACGCCGACCGAGGAGGAAGAGGAAUAUGAUCACAAGUUAUGAUGGAGUUGUUGCGUUGUUUGGAUACCGACUGUAGCAACGCGACCGCCGAACUGCGCCGGGCCAUGCGCUCAGCUCCACUUUGGAAGUAACGGGAUUUCUUUUUUUCUACUCAAAGCGCAGAAACGACAGGUUUGGAGAGCUCUUCCUGUAACAAAGUCGUUUUUAAGUUACGGUAAAGUCCAGCUCGUCGCGUGCUUCUGAUCAGUAUGGAUACUCUCGCGCUAAGGGAUGCGGGAUUUCCUGCGGGAGCGCUACAAAGUUGCGCGCAGACACGGUUAUUGGAGCUUUGGGCUCAAUAAUGCGCAGUGAUCAGCCCUGAGAGUUGUCGUAAAACACUGGUUGGCUGGACUGAAUGCUCCUUUUCCUGCUAUUCUUCUCCUCCUCUCAGCGCUUCCUGCUUGUGGUGGCCGCUGCUCUUAAUGGCUAAAAAUACAUAAAAACUCAACAGGGACAUCUGAAUGUUGCGCCACGUUAUGAAGAUUUCACAGCAGCUUUUGGACAUCUGCAUUUCUGUGCUUUCACUCCUGAGUUUUGAAGGUCGGAUCCCAACAGGUGGCACUUUUGAAUGAGGGAGGAGAAGAGCCAAUUUCCUCUAAAUGAGCCUCUUAAGUACAAGCUGAUGAAAUGAUAUUGUGCUCACACCAUGCUUUGGGAAACCACAUCACUUGAACAGAGAGAUUGAGUGGAAACAGAACCUCCUUUCAGUGCUGUGAGACUUUUGAUCCAAUGACAUGAUCUCUGGACUGAUUCUGCAUUUCCAAAUGGAGAUCUUUUGCAUUUCAUGUCGAGACGAAUGAGAGAAACUUGUCAUUCAGUCAUUUUAAAGUCUCCUCCUGAAGCCCACUUGUUGGUCCAGCUUUUGAACACAUUUCACUGGUCCCUGAUGAACCAACAAGAAAGACAGGAAAGGGAGCGAGGCGCAAUAAAGUACUCCUUUGUACUUUAUUUUCAAACCCUUGGGGUGCAGAAUCAGAUCCAGUCAAAACAUCUGCUUGAGGCUCCAUGGAGCCGCUGAAGAACAUAUUCAGUCGAGGCCCGCUCUCCAACUGGAAAAACUUGGAUCAAUCGCAAAAAGGGAACUUCACCAACCCCGUGUGGACGGCCUUAUUCGACUAUGAGGCGUCUUGUAAAGAUGAGCUCACCUUGCGUAAAGGAGACCUGGUGGAAGUCCUGUCUCUGGACUCAGAGAUAUCCGGGGAUGAGGGCUGGUGGGCCGGGAAGGUCAACAACAAGGUGGGAAUAUUCCCAUCCAACUAUGGCUCCUUCAAUGGAUAUGGAAAGCUUCCAGGCAGUGGCGUCGUGGACGAGCUCAGCCCGGCCGUGGUUGGUGAAUUCGAACCGGAGGCGGUGGAUUUCCGGGAGCUGAGUUUGGAGGAGGUCAUCGGGGUCGGGGGGUUUGGAAAGGUGUAUCGCGGUACAUGGAGAGGCGGGCUGGUGGCCGUGAAGGCAGCCCGGCAAGACCCGGAUGAGGACAUAAGCGUGACGGCGCAGAAUGUCAGGCAGGAGGCACGUUUGUUCGCCAUGCUCACCCACCCCAACAUCAUCGCCCUGAAGGGGGUCUGCCUUCAGGAGCCCAACCUGUGCCUGAUCAUGGAGUACGCCUCAGGGGGGCCGCUGAGUCGGGCGCUGGCUGGACGUCGCAUCCCGCCGCACGUCCUGGUCAACUGGGCCGUGCAGAUAGCCAAAGGGAUGCUGUACCUGCACUGCGAGGCCAUCGUGCCCGUCAUCCAUCGGGAUCUCAAGUCCAAUAACAUCCUCCUCGCACAGCCCAUGCACAAUGAAUGUAUGGAGGGUUCGACGCUGAAGAUCACCGACUUCGGCCUGGCCAGAGAGUGGCACAAGACCACCAAGAUGAGCACGGCCGGCACCUACGCCUGGAUGGCUCCUGAGGUCAUCAAGUCCUCCACCUUCUCCAAGGGCAGCGACGUCUGGAGCUACGGCGUUCUUCUAUGGGAGCUGCUCACCGGAGAGGCGCCCUACAAAGGGAUCGAUGGACUCGCCGUUGCCUACGGAGUUGCCGUCAACAAGCUCACGCUGCCCAUCCCCUCCACCUGCCCACAGCCCUUCGCUCUGCUCAUGGCAGAGUGCUGGGACCAGGACCCCCACCACAGACCCAAUUUCAGCUCCAUCCUGUCCCAGCUGACAGCUCUGGAGCAGCAGGUGAAGGAAGAGAUGCCGCAGGACUCCUUCCACUCCCUGCAGGAGGACUGGAAGCUGGAGAUUCAGGACAUGUUCAACGAGCUGCGGGCGAAAGAGAAGGAGCUGAGGUGUCGUGAGGAGGAGCUGAAGCGAGCGGCUCUGGAGCAGAAGUCCCACGAAGAGUUCCUGCGGCAGCGUGAGCAGCAGCUGGCUCAGUGGGAGCAGGAUGUGUUUGAGCGCGAGCUCAGCCUCCUCAUCCAGCACCUGAACCAGCACCAGGAGAAGCCCAACGUGAAGAAGAGGAAGGGGACGUUCAAGAAGCACAAGCUGAAGAGCAAGAACGGGGAGAAGAUCAGCAUGCCUCAAGAUUUCAUCCAUAAGAUCACGGUGCAGGCGUCUCCAGGAAUCGAAAAGAGGCGGAACUCUCCUGAUCUGGGUUCAGGCUCCUCUCCCUCCUUCGGCCCACGUUUUCGUGCAAUCCAACUCAGCCCCAGUGACAACAGCAGGUCGUUCGGUCUGAGCUCAGCGUGGCCCCUGGAGGCUCCUUCUCUUAAACAAGCCAACGGAGACCUGAGGUUGGGCCCCCAUUGGAGGCCCCAGAGCCCUAAAAGUCCUAAAAGCCCGAAAGUCUUGCGUCUAAGUCCCCAGGAAAGCAGUCUGUCCAUGAGGGCCAAGCUCCUGGAGUCAGACAGCAACGAGAACGGAGAGUCCAAGGAUGACUUUGAGGAGUACAGACCCUCCACGCCGACCCCUCCCACUGCACAGAAUGGCUCUUCAGUGAAGGACAGCCUGCAGCUUCCUCUACCUCAUCGAGACUCCAGCAGCGAAGAGGGGGGGUCCUCUCCAGCCGGCUCCCCCAGGCCGGAGAGGGGCUCUUUCGGUGGUCUAGUUAAGAGCACUCACCGGGCCUUGCUGGGUGGUGGCACUCUCCUGGCCUCUGUUGGACUAGGCCGCUGCCUGGAUGUUCCCCCCCGGGUGCCCCCUAGAACUAAUGCUUCCUCUUUGGGGGACCGCACCCCCUCUGAACCUGAGAUCUCCUCCCCUAAGCCUCUCAUUUCGGACCCCCCAGUAGUGGACGAUCUCAUCACUUUCUCCACCUCUGAGCAGCUCCCAAGACCGCUCUUGGAUUUAGCUCUGCAGUACCAAGAACUGAAGCCGUUGCCCCUGACCCCACCCCCGCCGAACCCCCGGGAGAGGAGCAGCCAUCGGACUCCGCAGAUGCCGCACAGCCCGCAAACCCCGAGGACUCCCCUGCAGCUCGGAGGAGCCAGCCCGGGCGAGUGGACCUCUUGUUCCCAUUCAUCAAACGGGGAGCUGGGAUGUGAGGCCUGGGAGCACAGAGCUGACAGGAGGAGGAGGUCCAGUCAAGGCCUGCACGCCUCACAGCUAGUUUUGGACCUGCCAUUGUGUCAAGACACCCAGGACCCUGAUGACAAGCCUUCAGUCCCCUUUUCUCUGCACCCUAACCCCGCCCUCUGGAGCCCCAAAACCCGUCGCCUAGAGGUCAGCGUCAUCCCCCGUCCCCGCCCGUCCCCCAUCCGCCCCAGAAUCGACCCCUGGAGCUUCAUCUCAGCCGGCCGCGUGAACUCAGGUGGCCGCAGCCCAAACCGCUCAGACAGCAACCUCCUGGGAUUCCAGCCCUCCCCGACAAACCCGUUCCACAACUGCGACCCCUUCCCCUCUCCAGACUGUGACCCGUUUGCCCUCAAGGCCGACCCCUCGAGUGGCUCGGACUCGGCAUCACCCUUUGACCCCUUUUCGGCUCCCUUCCCCACCUCGCGGUCCGCCCCGUGCUCCACUAACGGCUCGCCCACCCUGCCCUCGUCCCGCAUCGCCCCUCUGAACCCGGCUGACUCGCCGCUCAUAGACCUGGGUUGGGCAGCCUGUGGCAAACCCCUGGACGGAACCAAAGAGAGGGUUCACCCCCGCAGGACUCUGGGGCUCAAACCCUUCAAAUCUCCAACGCAACUCAGAGACGACAGGUUCUAAAGGUGUGGUCUCUAUCACAGGAACACAGUCCUGAACGCUUCCACUACUUCUGCACCUGAACGAGGAUCUUACUCGACCCACUGAGGGUUCCUCUUCAUCACCACAGGCCCUGUUUGUCGCCGCCCUGCUGCUUUGGAAAGCCAGUGAAAGGUGGUACAUUGGAUCGUGGGAUGUUUCUCUUUGAACCAAUACCUGGUGCUCGUUUCAUUCCCCCUCUCUCUCUGUUCCUGAGUCCCUUUGAAGGAGCAGAACACAGAUCACGCGUCCCAUCUUCAGAUUCUAUCACAGUAGUCGUUUCCCCUGCUUUCAUCUCCCCCUACCUUUGAAGCAUUGCAACAAUGCAGAGGUGGAUAAGGCGGCUCGCACAGCUUCAUCUGCCUCUACCUCUCUGCAGACUGAAGUGUUCAGGACGAUGGGAAAUUGGAGCGCCGUAUUUCAUGAAGUGUCUUUAAUUUCUAUCUCUAAGCGCUUAAUCUGAAAGAUGCACCGGUUUAAAAAAUCAGCCCUGCAUUUUCAUGGAAGAAAAUGUGGUGCUAUGUGUAGACUUUUUCAAGGAAAGCUUCUCAAGCAGCAGCGGCCUGUUACAUUCUGGGAGAAAGCCCUCAGAGUGGAUAUGUUCCAGGCAGGCUGGUGAAAUCCAAGUCAACACCAUGACCCAGGCAUUCCUCUUGGAAGCAGAUAACAUUCCAGUCACAUUCCCCGGGAAAUGCCAGGGACCGGACCGGACAGAUCAUCGGGCUGGCAGGCGACACAGCAUGGGAAACAAGAACGGGGGAGCCCUCUGCAUUCCCUUCCAAUGCCAAAGAAUGUGACAAUGUGAGGGCCGGGACAAAGCGCGUUUGCAAAUCAGUUGUUUUUACCUCCGUGGAGUGGCAGACAGGUGGGGAGAGAGCAGAGAUGAACGCAGAUAGUGUUCAAAAACAAGCUGAGAAUACUUCCCUGUGGGUUUAUCUGUCUCAUCACCGCCUGUCUGAGGCUGCGGGGAGGUUCAGCCAAAUGCUUCGACAUGUCUGUGUGGAAAACUUUACAGUCGGGUGCAGGAGUCGUCUUGCAAAGCCUGCCUACAUUCAUGCAUGGUCAUCCUCCCUUUCAAAUCUCAAACAAGGAAAAUCUCUUACACCACUCUGAUAUCUUAUCCAGCCUAGAGCGACCUCUUAAGAUCACUUUUCAAUGCACUUUAUGUGUUUUUACUUUAAAGACGACCCAUUAAUUCUUAUUUCCAGACUUAUAUUUUUUAAUUAGGACCAAAAAGAGUCACUUUGCAUGAUUCAAAGUCUGAAGAAAUCCUGAUUUAUCUUACAUUAGCUCAGGCUUUCUCUCAAACCACCUGUUCAGCGUCUGUCCCUUUAAGGCCCCAUCCCUUAAAGCCUGCUUUCCUCUGAUUGGCCAGUUUUCAUCAGGGGAUCAGAAUAGCACAGCAUGCAAAACUGAAGCUUUUAACAUGCAAGGAUAACUUUAAUUGAUGUUUCAGAUGAACAGCAGACAUUGUAACAAUAAAAUCAGUGAAAGUGGAGGACAGGAGAGGUGUCGAGGAAACUCCAGACCUGCUAAUGAUUGGGUUCAGUUCCCUCUGUCUGGAGCUGAUCUAGCUGUGUCUCAUUCCCAGUCUCUUUGUUUUACAGCCGGUGAGAGAUAAUGUGCAGAAAUUAGCAUCCCAUCCAGACUAAAGCUGACCUGACCUUGUGGGAUGUGGGCCGGCUUUGCAAGACAAGACCUGCGGGGCUCUCAAACUCUUGUGUCCUUGCACAUUUGCUUUAUCUUUCUUUUGUUAUUAUUUUAUAAAAAUCCAUCCUAAAUCAUUUUAAAAUUGCCCGAAAGAGCUGUCAGGAACAUGUGGAGUCCUGAUGAGAUACUUUGAAACAAAACAAAACAGUGCAGGGAGAAGUUAAAGGUAGAGGUGCUAAAUUAUUGAAGUCUCAGACCAGGAAGAAAAAGCAUAAAUCAGCAUUACUUAAAGUUUUAUUCCUGCUAAAUGUUUGGUUACAUGAAGGCAUAAUGACGCUCUGCAGUCCUCUGGUUCUGGAGCAUUAACAUGCUCCAUGUUGGUCAAGCAUGUCAGCACCUCAAAGAGACCCACUUAUGCACGAUGCAGAUCCCCCCCGCUCCCCUCGUCUCUGCCGGAGCGUUACCAGCUACAAAUACUGAUUGGGCUCGUCUCUGACACCGUGUCAUUGGAAGACAAUAACGUCUUUGUUCUGACGCAGAGUGAAAGCUUCGUCUCCGAAGGGGAGAGCUUUGUGAUUAGUCUAAUAAUCCUAAAGACGAACAGAGCUGGCUGAUAGGGAUAAUUAGCCUCUUGAUAAGAGCAGGGAGCAUUAACAAAGCGUUCAGAUAUUUGGUUAAUUAAUUUGCCCGGACGCUCAGGAAAAAAAGCACCCCACGUCCUCCUCCGAAGGUGUAUCGAGCUGCUUCCUUCAUCCGCUUACGUCUUGAUUGAAGCCUUUUUUAUUCACAAACUUUCAAAGAAGGGUUGAGCUGUCUUUCUUUCCUUCUAGCCUUUUUUUCUCACUCUGCUCGCCUGCUGACCGGAUGAAAUCUCACCUUUUUCUACAUCCUCCCCCCUCAGGUGAUGUGGGAGGUUUUCGUUCUUUCUUCUACAUCCUACUCCUUUGCUUCCUGCUUCUCUGGAAAGUUUUCUUGAGGGCAGCUCUGUCCUGACACGGCGGAGCGCUCGGUUCAGCAGCAGCCGGGUUUCUUUCCUCUUCAAAAAAAAAGGUGAUGAUUCGAGAGGACGGUUCUUUUUGCAGAGGCAAUCAAUGUUUUAAUUCCAACAGGAGCCUUGUUGUUUAUUUCUGUUGCACCUUAAUGUGUGUGUUUAUCAUCUGCGAGACCUCCAUUAAAACCCGCCAGUAUCAAAGCCACGGUGUGUGAAAGGUCUCAGAGCUCGGCUUCGGAGCUGAUUUGACGCAGAGACCAAACUUUGUGGAGCUCAUGGCAGCAGUAGGCGUCUCUGUUAGACGUAGAUUGAUUUUGAAACGCUGGUUAACAUGCAGAUUGGAGCAGGUAUAUCUGUCAUGAUAACCUCUGGUCUGAUGGAAUCGCUCACCUGCUCUCACCUGACUGAGCGCUCUGCCUCGUCCUCCAUGCUGUGCAGAAGUUGGAGGUUUAAUAUAGAUUGUGUCUCUCUCAGCAGUGUUCCCCACCUCUCCUCGCUCUCCUGUCCGCUCCGACAACAUUUUACCGACGUGACAAGUGAUGAGUUAUUGCCUCGUCUCUUCGUGUCAACACACAAAGCCACAAGAGCUCUCCUCUGAUAGUCAUUAGGCUCAGAUGGCUGUUGUUGUUGUCAGAGCUCUGCGGAGGAGAAAGGAAACACGGUGGAAAUUGAGAUGAUUGAAACGUCUGGCAGAUUAUUUCUGUCACAAAUUCUGCGUGUGUGUCAAGUAUCCACUCCAGCCUGCCAGUCAUGUCUCGUCUGUUUGUUCCGCUCUGUUCUGCACUUAGAUUCUGAUGUUGAAAAGUGUUACCUGCCGUUUUCCAUCAAGCUUGCAAAUGCCGACUGAUUGAUGAAAUGUAACCUGCGCCAGCGGCUCGUCACCGUCCCUUUCAUUUGUGGUUAAGUUAUCGCCCAUUGUUGACGUCUGAGUUUGCUUCCUUUUGAGCGUGGUUCAUUUGAAGAGGCAAGACAAUUUCAGAAAUGAAUAUUAAACUCCAUUUUUCUGCUUAUUUUCUGACACAAAUGUAGAUGAAGUGAGACCUGCAGAUGUGAAACACAGAGAGCUCUGGUUGGGAAGCUGAGGGAGUACUCAGGACAUGUUUUCGGAAGUCUUUUGUGGACAGGGACGUCCAUUUUUUGGUUUUGGCUGUCAGAUUUAGGAACCAUAACUGCCACUCGCCCGCUGCAGCUGACAGCAAUAAAAAAAAAAAGUCCUGAUGAGUUGUUUGUGACGCUCAGCUCUUCCAGGCGUCACCUCCAUCCGUCACUGCAAAUCAGCGUCUCCAAGUGCAAACUGACAGCAAGAAUGGGAGUGAAAGCUCAGCAGGAGAGAACCAUUUCUGGCCACCGGUGAUCCACUCUCAGCGCCGCAGAGGCAGCGGGCUGGAUUUGAUGAUCUAAAUUCAAAGAUCAAACUCAUACUCUUGGCCUUAAUCAGUGAAUGGCAAAUGGUCAAUACAUUACAUGAAUAAGAGCUAAUGAAUCGGCACAAUGGACAAGCCAAAGGCCCUGACCCUCAUCACACGAGAGGCUCCUCCUGAGCAGCGGUUGUGUUUCAGUUUCAGGGCGAGAAAUCAGAGCUAUUAUCCUCCAGAUAAAGAGCGCACGCCGCCAGCUGCUUAUUUACGAGCUUUGUGAGGGGUGAGCGGCAGUUCAGCAGGGUUACGCUCAUUCUAAAGCUUAAUGCAGUGCAUAUGUUUACAUGCAGACUAAUUAUAUGAAUGAACUUGAUUAGGCAUUUGAUUCAACUCUAGCUGCAGUCGUGUAAAAGUUUUGAGCUCUUCUGUACUCUAAGCUGUAAUAACACUAGAAAUAAUACUUUUUAAAGUGGACACAUCUGAAGUUUAAAGGUUGAAAACAUCAGCACUGAAACCAUAAAGCUGCUGGAGGCGAACACACUAAGAUGCCUUCCAAUCUGGUGAAUAAAACACAUUUUGAAUCCCUGUUUUCAUCUGGAAAGAUAGCUGCAGUGUGACCAAUAUGCCAGUAUAAAACGAAGAGAGAGGUAUUUCAUUGUGCUACGGCAUUUUACCCAGAAAAUGGCGCUGUUCUGGAUAAGUUUUCAUCAUGCACAUGCAACUGCCACCAUCACCAAAUGCACAUGACCUGACAGGAUUGCAAAUUUGGCCCCCUAAUUGGAUCAUAAUCAUGCGUUUAAGAAAACAUUUGGUAUACUUACAAGUGGGCAAACCUGUUGAUUGACAGGGCACACACCUGCACAGAACCUGCAGAGUGUAGACUUUUCUAAAUGUAACAGACAUCAUCAUGUACAAGGAUGGUUGGAAGAUAAUAGUGCAAUGGGAAUGCGUUAAUGCAUGUCUGUUAUGAAGCUUAAAACGAAUAUUUCUAAAUCUAUAACCAAAGGUGUCAAGUUGUUGAUAAUGUACAGCAGGAAAUGCAAAAACAGGAAGAUGCAGAAUCAUGGAGGAGUAUAUAUCUGCUUUAACGGCCCGGCUACUUCCAGAGCAACAGUUUGUCACAGAUAAUUAACUCGACAACAAUCAGAUGACUUUUCUUUUUACUAAAAAGUGUUAAAUCUAUCCCACAGUUAGCUUUGUAGCCUCCCAAAAGUUAGCAUGAAGCUUUUAUGAUGCACAGCUAAUUGAAUAUUUCCAUAAACGGUGAAGUGACAUGAGGUAGAGCGGACCACAUUAACAUCAGCAGCACCUGAUAAAGGUUGUCUGCACUGUAUCUUGCAGUCUGUCAACAUUUAAUUUUCUAGCAGCCAGUCUUUUAUCACAACAUCAGCCCAUACCUUGUUCCAUUUUCUCUUUCUCAUUCUCUGUUGUCGUGUUGGAUGAGUGUCUGAUGUCUACCUGCAGAUCAAUGAUUGGAUAAAGUUCCCACAAAGUCUACCAAGUCAUUUAGAGUGCAUUUGAAGCACUGGUCUGUUAACAGCAAUAACAGACUGUGGAAUGUUGUAACCGGCCAAUCAGAAGCCCGAAUUCCACAGAGCCGUGCAAUAUCAACAAUCAACGCUAAAUUAAUGAGAGGAGUGUGUUUUAUUUAAAUAAAGGAGAAAAAGUUUUCACUUCCUUAAAAUACAUAAAGCUCUAUAUUUAUGUGGUCCUUACACUCUGUGCUGGUGUUUGACCUGAAGGAGGCGAGCAGGACAAGUCAGACAAGGAUUACAUUUCUUAAUCUGCUCCAGCUGAAUCAUGUUUUGUAGGAGCUGAGAUGAUAGGAAAUGAUUCAACAAGGAUGAAGGCUGUUUUAUCUUCACAGAUGAAAUCUUGCCUUGGCGGGUCAGUGAGGAGUAAAUUCCAAAAUGACAAAAUUGAUGGCCUGACAUUUCAGCGGCUCUCACCCCAUUUACCUUUGCUGCCUUCACUUGUGUUCAAUUAAGUGAAGGUUACAAAUAUACCUGGUUAUCAGACUCGUUUCAGCUGUCUCAAAGCCAGACGUCAGGGCCGCAGACACAUGAUUGCUCUCUCUGGCUCAUAUUAAACUGGAACACCUGCCCAGGCCUUUGUUUGGCAUUAACAGGCCGAGACUUAAUGAUCAAAUACAACCUUUCAUUGACUGUACAGGAAUCGCACAUCCCAAAAGGGACGUGGACAAAAGCCACAUUCACACGAGGCGCCACCAGGUGCCUAAAUUAAUGCCCAGCCUCCCAAAGUGUGAGUAUUAGUCCUCAUUCUUUUCAGUCUGUGCAUCCAAGGUCACCAUCUGCUGUCCUCCUUUCCUCUAACAACGAAAAACUGAAUGAAUGGACGCCAUGAAAAGAGACCGAUUCGUUUCCAAGACCACAGUGAUGGCCCUUCGAAAAGGCUGCCGCUCUGAUAAGAAAAUAAACAUGGAUUUUUUCUGAGAGGUCAUUAAGUCCAAGGUCCACACACACUCGCCCCGUCCACUCCGCACUGAACACAACAGCCCCUCGUUGUGAUUAUGACACUCAAUUACUGAGUGAUUGUCCUCGAAUUCUCGAAGCCGUUCGAUCUGGAAAUUUCUAUUGGUGGAGCGUUUAUGAAUGUGCUGCAGAGCUCAGGUUCAGUAAGCGGCCCUUGUGCCAAAAGUUUAAAGAAAAAAUGAAAUCCUGCCGUGUCCUCCGAAUUGUUCACAGAUAAAAGCAGUGAUUUCUUUCAGAACUCUCUUCAGUUUGUCUACGUUAUGUCCUGAGUCAGGGUGCAGAAGCUUGAUCUACAGGUGCAGCUUCAACCAGAGAUUACAAUCUAUUGAAGCUUUGUGAUUCUACAACUAUUUGGAAGUCGUUUCGUAUUUGUCAGCAGCCUCCUAUCACCUUAACCAAAACUUUGAAAUGCUCAGAAGUUCCUCUUCCAUUCAACAACUUAACACAGCGUGGUAUGAAUGCAUUUUAGUGUAAUAGAUACUUUUGGAAUAAAUUGGCACCACGAGCAAAAUUCUGUAAUUCUGCAGCCAGUCAGUAGGGGCAGCUCUCCAAGUUUUGGCUUCAUUUAGAGGGAACUGUUGUGCUGUUCAGAGGGGUCAAUGUAUUGUCAUACUUUGCUUGGAUUUUCACCGAAAUGCUAUGAUCUUUAUGGAUUUGCGACUGUUGCGACGUCUUUAUUUGAAGCACAAAUUUGCAGGAAAUAUUCACCGAAGUAAAAAUAUGUAAAAGCAAUAUUUCAAUUGUAUCCAAUGAAUGAUGCAGUGUCAAUUUGCUGCAAAUAUUGAAGAACAUUUCAGACCUCAAGUUUAUGUUUAAAUUGGUAUACAGGAGGAUGAAAGUUGCUUGAAAAGCAGAGGAAAAGUUCCAUCGACGUGCUUCCAAUGGUUACUUGCGUUGUCAACAUAUCCAAAAUUAAAACAAAUCGUCCAAAAUGUCCUAGUUCCAUUAAAGAGACAUCCAGAACAGGUAGCAUGUUGGUCCUGGAUCAGGGCUAAGAUGCUUCUGGCCCCUAACCUGAUUAAAGUCGUCUAAGUCUGGGAUAUCAUUCAGGCUAAAGUAUUAGACUCCAGCUUGAGGGUGUUUAACAGCAGGUGGUCUCUUUCAGGUGCUAAUGCUGGGCUUAAAUAAGUGAACUCUAAAUGAUCCUCUGAGGCAAUUUAAAAUGGUUUUGGAUGGUACAAAUCCCCAUGACUCACUGGUCAAAUCUCUCUCUGUGCUGUAACAGGCUUUUCCCUCCGACAGCUUCCAAGCAGCCGGCUAUGAGGACGUUUCCAAAACUUGUGCAAAGGGGGGGAUAUUUAUGAAUGGCCAUCGUCUUACACACUGGAUCAAACUAUUUUUAGAUGGCCAUGGACGCAGUCUACCUUAGGAUGAUGGAUUGAUUGCUUCAAACUCUUUUUUUUUAGGUUUUCACUGGAGUAUUUAAGAUGUGUGUAUGGGUGCUUCACGUGUGGCGCUAAUUUUUACAUUCAACUUCUUCAGUUCGAUGAAACCUGUCAUAAUAAUUCCUCUACACACACAAGUGUUUAUGCAGCAGGAAGUUCUCCAUAAGAGCUCAAAUUAAGAUAAUAAUGUACAGUCCAUAAAUCCCACUUCUUAAGAAUCACAGUUUAAUGUCCCCUUGAGGCACCCAUACGGAUUUUAUGUGCAUAAAACUGCUCGAUAGAGAAGAGGAUUUUUUGUCACUGCCCUAAAGUAGUGAACAAAGUUGGACCUCCUUUCUGUCUUUGUAUCUCUUUGCUUUUAUUGUCAUCGUUCCAGAUUCAUUUCCAUGUCUCAUUAUGUGUUUUAUUACAACCUAGGCGAUGUGAUAACGCAAACUGUUGCAUUGCCCUGGCAGCCAUUUUUACAUCUCUCAGUCGUCGGGCUUUGAAAAAUUUUAUUGCAUUUUUGUGAAAUCUCGCACUGGGCUGGGCCUAAUCAACUGUUUUUAUUGUUCUGUGUGUCAAGAGGACUAUUUCUGUAUACAGUAUGUGAAAAUGUUUUUAUUUCUCUUGACUAUUAUAAUGGGUUUUAACCUGUGGAAAAAAAAAACAAAGGAAAAAGCUCAAAAAGAUAUAAGACCAAAUAAAAUGUAACACUCCUGA